GAAGGAGGGAAGGAAAGAGGGUGGCCAUGGAAGCCGCGUUGACAGCCGACGGAGCCCUCGAUUUCGACUCAGGCUCAGAUCUUCCAGAGGACAGCUUUUCAUCUGGAGGGGAAGAUCUGGAAGGUGAUGAUGAAGAUGAGCCUGCAAUUCUGGACUCUGAAAUUCAAAAGGCAGCAGAUUCCAAAGACACUGAAAAUGGUGGCUGGGCCGAUGCCAUGGCUAAAGUGCUUAAUAAAAAGGUUCCCAAGAGUAAGGCCACCAUAUUGGUUAAGAACAAGAAAUGGGAUACAGAACGGCAAAAGGAAAAACAAGAGAGGCUGGAAAGACAGAGACAGCUAGAUAAAAAGCGGGAGUGGGAAAUGAUGUGCAGAGUGAAGCCAGAUGUUGCCAAAGACAGAGAAAUGGAGAGAAACCUUCAGAGAAUUGCCACGAGGGGAGUUGUUCAGUUAUUCAACGCAGUCCGGAAGCAUCAAAAAAAUGUUGAUGAGAAGAUGAAAGAAGCAGGGAGUUCUGAGAGAAAGCGGGCUAAAUUGAUCUCGUCAGUUUCAAAAAGAGACUUCAUUGAUGUGCUGAGAGGAAUGGAAGGCACAGAAACAGAGCAAAAUGUUGCCAAGAAGUCCAUAAAAAGCAACCAGGGUGCAUCUAAAUCGGAAGAAAGGCCAACAUGGAGUAUUUUGCGAGAUGACUUUAUGAUGGGAGCUUCAAUGAAAGACUGGGAUAAAGAAAGUGAUGGAGAGAAUGGUGCUGGACAAAAGGAUGACAUUAAACAGGAGAGUGAAAGCGACUCAGACCGAUAAAGUCCAAAGCAAUUCAGACAAUCUGUGUGUAUUUUUAUUGACUAUCAGUAGGUUUUUUAUUCAAAUAAGGUCCUCUUUUUAUACAAAAGGAAAUACCUCUAGAAAAAUGGGAAAAAUGAAUCUGACAGAAUAUUAUGAUCAGUUGUAUUUUCCCUCAAAUUAAUUAUAAUUAUCUGUUUUUUAUAAAACAUUUUUAAAAGUCAAGCAGUGGUACCAGCCGGAUUGGAAAGAAAGGGUUUUGUUGGAAUACUGAUUGAACACUGAUGGACCAUUGUGCUUUCCUUCCCACCUCAUUGUUUCUAAUUGAGCUAAGUAUUUAUUAAUUCCCAAAAUAAAAACAUGAAAUUUA